UGCCCGCUCUCUACGGUCAGCUUCCCCGUGUGGCACCCGAGCGCCAGACUCCACUCGCUCCGCCCACAGCCCGCUGGGGAGAGACGCGGUCUCAGCCCCCUGGAGAGUAGAAGCCAAUCACGAACAGCAGCGGGCGCAGGGCUCCCCGGGCCUCUCCUUCCUCCGGAAAGCGGAAGCGGAAGUGACGCUAGGGACAGGUGGGGGCAAUCAUGGUGCCGCUGGGGAGGGGAGAAGCUGCCGCUGCCGCCGUUGCCGGGAGCCACGGAGAAAGGCCGUUACCUUUUCAUUUCUCACAAUUGGGCUGAGCACACGUGAGCCAUGGGGGAACACAGUCCAGACGACAAUAUCAUCUUCUUUAAGGGAGAGGAAGAUGACCUAACCCCGCAUGACAAGAUGCUCAGGUUUGUGGAUGACAACGGACUGGUGCCUUCCUCAUCUGGAACUGUUUAUGAUAGGACCACUGUUCUCAUAGAACAGGACCCUGGCACUUUGGAGGAUGAUGAAGACGACGGACAGUGUGGAGAACCCUUGCCUUUUCUGGUGGAAGGUGAAGAGGGCUUCUUAAUAGAUCAGGAAGCAAUGUCCCAGGGUUACGUACAACACAUUAUCUCACCAGAUCAGAUUCAUUUGACUAUAAACCCCGGUUCCACACCCAUGCCAAGGAACAUUGAAGGUGCGACUCUUACUCUGCAGUCGGAAUGUCCAGAAACGAAACGGAAAGAAGUAAAGCGGUACCAGUGCACCUUUGAGGGAUGCCCUCGCACCUACAGCACAGCAGGCAAUCUGCGCACCCACCAGAAGACUCACCGAGGAGAGUACACCUUCGUCUGUAACCAGGAGGGCUGUGGCAAGGCCUUCCUCACCUCCUACAGCCUCAGGAUCCACGUGCGAGUGCACACAAAGGAGAAGCCAUUUGAGUGUGACGUGCAGGGGUGUGAGAAGGCGUUCAACACACUGUACAGGUUGAAAGCACAUCAGAGGCUUCACACAGGGAAAACGUUUAACUGUGAAUCUCAAGGCUGCAGCAAAUACUUCACCACACUCAGUGACCUGCGGAAGCACAUUCGGACCCAUACAGGAGAAAAGCCAUUUCGAUGUGAUCACGACGGCUGUGGGAAAGCGUUUGCAGCGAGCCACCACCUUAAAACUCACGUCCGGACGCACACUGGUGAAAGACCCUUCUUCUGCCCCAGUAACGGCUGUGAGAAGACAUUUAGCACUCAGUACAGUCUCAAAAGUCACAUGAAAGGUCAUGAUAACAAAGGCACCGCGUACAGUGCACUUCCACAGCACAAUGGAUCAGAGGAUACAAAUCACUCACUUUAUCUGAGUGAGCUGGGCCUUCUGUCCACAGAUUCUGAAUUGCAGGAAAAUUCCAGUUCGACACAGGACCAGGACCUCAGCACAAUUUCACCAGCAAUCAUCUUUGAAUCAAUGUUCCAGAAUUCCGACGACCCUGGGAUUCAGGAUGACCCUCUGCAUACAGCUGCCUUGAUUGACAGUUUUAAUGGUGAUGCAGAGUCCGUCAGUGAUGUCCCACCGCCUGCAGGAAAUUCAGCAUCUUUAUCUCUUCCCCUCGUACUGCAGCCUGGCAUCUCCGAGCCACCCCAGCCUCUGCUACCAGCAACAGCUCCGUCCGCUCCUCCACCUGCUCCCUCCCUGGGACCUGGUUCCCAGCCAGCUGCGUUUGGCAGCCCCCCUGCUCUCUUACAACCUCCAGAAGUGCCUGUUCCCCACAGCACACAGUUUGCUGCUAAUCAUCAAGAGUUUCUUCCGCACCCCCAGGCGCCACCCCAGACCAUCGUACCAGGACUUUCUGUUGUUGCUGGGGCUCCUGCAUCGGCAGCAACAGUGGCGUCAGCCGUGGCAGCACCAGCCCCACCACAAAGUACUACUGAGCCCCUGCCUGCUCUGGUCCAGACUCUGCCCCUGGGCGCCAACUCUGUCCUAAGUAAUAAUCCCACCAUAACCGUCACCCCAGCUCCUAACACGGCCAUCCUGCGGUCCAGCCUAGUCAUGGGGGACCAGAGCUUACAGUGGGUACUGAACGGCGCCACCAGUUCACCGCAGAACCAAGAACACAUUCAAGCAUCGAAAGUGGAGCAGGUGUACUUCACCACCGCUGUACCAGUGGCCAGUAGCACAGGGAGCUCUGUUCAGCAGAUUGGCCUCAGUGUUCCUGUGAUCAUCAUCAAACAAGAGGAGGCCUGUCAGUGUCAGUGCGCGUGCCGGGACUCUGCGAAGGAGCGGGCGGCCGGCCGGAGAAAGGGAUGUUCUUCCCCACCCCCUCCAGAGCCGAACCCCCAGCCUCCUGAUGGGCCCAGCCUGCAGCUGCCACCCUAGACUUCUCCCUCAUCCCUGCCCCCCCCCCUCCGCUGGACCCUCUUCCUGUGAGCACAGCAGACAGGCUGAGGCUCCUCAGACCCUCCGAAACGUUAAGUGCCAUGGAUGUGUCAGAGUUCCUGUCCCUCCAGAGCCUGGACACCCCGUCCAAUCCGGUUCACAGUGAAGCACUACUGCAGGGAUAGAGGAAAGAGCCUGGCCGGCAGCUUCUCCAGGGGAAGGGCCUGUGCGCACACCCCUCCAGGAACAGGGUGAGCAGGAAGUACCGGGUGUGAUGCUGCCGUCAUGGGGUCAGAAAUUGGAAGGAUGAAGAAAUCUGCCAUCUGAAAGCUCCCCUUUCAGACGUAUUUUCUUUACUCGUAUCCCAGGAACAUCCAUUUUAAGGAACUGAUCUUUGGAGGAAAAAACAAAAAAAAAAAAACAAAACAAAAAAAAGAAAAAAAAAGCUAAGUUAUAAGUGAACUGUCUGGCUGCACUGUGUGUCACUUUUGCUUAUUGUUAUGUGAACUUGGAAAUUAAGGUUACGUGUAUGCAUAAAAGUUCUAAAUGAAAGGGUGUGGUUUCCAUCACUUUGGUACUGCCCAUCAUUUGCACUGGGGUCACUGUGGAUUGGGCAGGAGAGGUCACUGUGCCUGCUGGGUGUCGCUCCUCUUCUGUGUCUGUUUAAUCUGAGGCAGCACCUGGAGGGCCAGACCACCUCUCUAUGAAAGCGGGGAGUGGCAAGGGCAGGCAAGAGCGUGAGUUAGACUGGGUGAGUUGCUUUGUUGUCGGUGCUUGGUUUCUGUGGAGCUUGGGGUAGAUGCAGAGGGGCCUGCCCUGUGUCCUGCUCAGACCUAGCGGGCAGCUGCAGGCCUCCUGGCCAGAGGGAAGAUGUGGUUCUGCAGGGCCCCGAGGCAGUUGUUGACAGCUCUGUUGAUAAUGUGCUAGACCCUAGAGCUAUCUAGCACAGCCACAGUCUUGCCUUCUUGGCUCUUUCCAUCUCUCAGUGCUUGUUAGUGCUUGAGGCUUGGAGUUCAUCUCUCCGAAGGAAGCGCCCUGUUUUAUCCUAAAGUGAAUGAGAGGCUUCUGGCCAGUGGCUGCCAGGGUCUUCCUGCCUUCGAUGAUGUUUGUUUCCUCAGAGCAGAAGGGCUGCUUUUCCAGAGAAAGUGCAGAGCGAAGGGAGUUAGAUGGUGAGGCAGCAGGUGGUCGGCAGGCAUUCUGGUACCCAGUUCCAGCCAGGCUCUGGUUAUCCUCUCCCAUCUGCAUGUCUCAUGUCUCUUAGAUUUGCAUACAGCCUCAUACAGUGCAAAGGAGGAUGUGAUCUCUAAACAAAAAGGAAUAAAAACCUAAAAUGAUGAUAUUCUACUCAGGGUAAAACAAACAAAGAAAAAAUCCCCUUCCACCAAAAAGCCUGAAGCUUGCAGUCAGUUUACCUCAUUUGGAAUGUUUUGUUGAGUUGUGUUACAGGAAUUUUUUUUUAGUAGUAUAUAAAAUUAUACCCAUCUCCUUGCCUUUGGCUCCUGGUUCUUACCUCUUCAAACAUAAGUACAAUCUAUAGGAGAAUGGGGGUGUGGCUGUCCUUCGGCUAUUUACUGCAGCCAUCAGUGCUUGGCAAGGUCAGAAGGUAGCUGGGUCUGGGACUGGAGGAGGCGUCUGUCUCCAGCAAAGAGCAGGGUCUGGUGCCCCAACAGGACAACCAGAGAGCUGUGUAGGUUGCCCUCCUGCAGUCUGGUCCUUUCCUCAGAGCCAGCUGGGAUGGUGACGCUUGUCUUUAGGCAAGGUAUUUAGGGACAAUUGGCCAAGAGGGUCAUGGCAGCACUAUUGAGAAAUGGCACAGGUACAAGCAGCUGAUCUCCCAUUCCAGGAUUGGACCAGGAGUAUGACUUUCUGAUGUUCUACACCCCCACACCCCACACACACCCAAAAAAGGUUGAUGGAUUUGGGCAACCAUGGACCUCAGCAGGAAUCUGCACGGUGUGAGGAGCCCUCUGUUGGCACCCACCGUGGUUAGUCCUUCUGGGAACCAGCUGCUUGGGGGUAGACUGUCCUCAGCUGUCUCUAGGACUUGCACUCACAGGAAGCUUUGCACUGGGGCCCUCACUCGUUUCUCUUCUCUGAGGAGAGCAGUGAAUGGAACCCCAAAGUGAGCUUGUAACAAGGGGUAGUAAUGGCCCUCCCACUCACUCUGCUUAUGUCAACCUGGGAACUGACAGAGGAAACAGGAGCCUAGGGAGGAUGUAUGGAAGGUUUUAAUGGUUUAAAUAUGACUUCUUGGUUUGCUAGGGCUGUGCUCUUAAUGGUCUGUUCCUAGGUCAUUGGCUUUUCACCCUCCACAUUUGGCGUGGUGAAGAAACAUUUGAGCAGUGUUGAGGCUGAAGUGUUGCUAGGUGAAGGAGCUAAGUGAUUUUAGAACACAAGAGACUCUCAGAGCCUAAGAGCUAUUGGAAAGUGAGGGCUCUGCUUGCAUUCGGUGGUUGUGGAGAGCCAGUGUGUGAAACAGGGUAGACAGAUGCUUCGGCCAUGCUGUACCAGUGGUCCUUCCCCCAUCUUUCCACAAGCCCAGCCUCUAAUGCUAAGGACCUUGGAGAAGAGGGAGCCUCCUGGCUAAACUAGAACCACGAAGACCCUUCAUGGAGUGGUUUCUCCAGGGAAUGACCUUAGGGUAAGGCCAAGAAGAGUGAAUUCUGGCAAGUCGAUUAAGCCUUUCCUACCACGACAGCCAUCACCACUGUCACCCUGUAGACAAGACUUGGGUUACCACUAGCAUCUCCAGUUUAGCCUCUUCCAAGAGACCAGUCGGGGCAGCAGGGCUGGUGGACCUAGGUGGUGGUCAGGUGAUCUUGGUCCCACCCAGUUGCCUUAUAAAUGUGGUCCUUCCCAGGCAGGAGGGUAAGGCUGAGAGAAGAGAGCUCAGUGCCCUUGGGCAGCACUAGUUUGGCCACAGGAGUACUGUCCUCUAUUGACUUUGGUUCAUAAGAUGAUGGUACAAUGCCAAGGAGAGGCUUGGGGUGUGGAGAGCCCUCUAGGUAGAAGGCACCGGGACUUCCCUUCCCUUUCAGAGUCAGUAGAUGGGAAAAGGUUGUUUUCUGGAUCAAGGCAGUGGGCUGAUGGGGUAAUGGAGGUGCCUGAGGUUUGCCUGAGGCUUUGUAUGAUGCUGAAUGUGUCCAGAGGGACAAAUUUGCAGAACCUCAUAUUGAUAUUUUAAAUAAUAAAAUAAAAAGCACUUUAGGUUACUUUUAUCUUUAACCCAAUUGCUGCAAUUUCUGUUGUGUAUGUAUAUAUACAUAUAUAUAUAUACUUUCCCUAAAGUUUUAUUUUUUGCUCAGAAUAAAAGUUAAGUUGAGGUGUAAAAAGAAGAGCACUUACUUGGGUGCAAUAUAUGCUGCGUAGCUUGACAGUCGCUACCCCACGUGGCCCUGGCCUGGCCUUCUGCUCCAUCAGCCCUGUGCUGAAGCUGGCCACAGGGAACCACCAUCAGCAUCUCAGCAGCUGCUCAAUCUAUGCAAGCCUUCCUGUGUGUCCGGGGCGCCCCCCUCAGGCCCUCCGAGGAACUGCUGCAGCUGUUUUCUUCUGACUGUUGAGGCCCCUUUUCAACUGCUUCUCCUCCGUCCCCUGCUCUUUCCCCUCUUCCCCAGGACAAAAUGAUUCCUGAAAGGAAGGGUCGGUUGUUCCUAGGUAGAAACCUGGCACCUUUAGACUUUCAUAUUUGUAAACACAUCCAUUGAAGGGAAGCGUCUCCAGUGUCAGAGACUGUUGAUGUGUGGAGGUGCACUACUGUUGCCAAUUUACAGCUUUUCCACAGCCCCAAUCAGAAAUAUGUCGGAAGGCUCUCUGCACCACCUCUGUUGGCUCAAACGCAGAAUGACUUCCAUGCUUCAUCAAAUCCAUUUAGGAAGCCGUUAAUGACCUCCCUCACCGGCUCCCACAUACUCUUAAACUCCCAACUGUAGAAGCAUUUUAAAUAUAUUCCAGCCAAUGCAAGAUUUUCACAGAUGAAGUUUGCAAGUGGCUGUGCUGUGACACAGAUGGGAAAUUGUCCAUCUCUCAUCUGAGGCAGAAGGGGAUGAGCCAUAAAACUGGAUCAUACAUAUUUCUGAUUGGUCUGACUGGUCUGUUUCUUGCAUAUUCUUGGAUCUUGUUUCUUAUGCCCCUGCUCUUGGGGAGGUUGGUUAUUAGCCCAGGCAUCUCUCACUGCCCUGGCGGCUUGAGGACUUCUCAGUCUGCGUUGAAAAUGCAAGUUUAAUUGGAUCUGUCAAGGUAUAUUAUAGUACAACCUUUUUCUAGAACCGGCGUGUAAAAACCAUACACUGCUCCUUGGUAGUGGCCCACUGGGACAAAAAUAGAUAAUGUCAUGUCACUUUCUCAAUUCAAUGCAAUUUCUACUUUUUUUUUUUACAGGUAAUGUUUUCAUAAAACUUUUUUCCACCAAAAUCGGGGGUGUUUAUUGCAGUAUCCCCGUGUCCCUCGAGGUGCCAAGUCAGGGGCUUGCCUGCCCUUGCUGCGGGUGUUCUCAGGCUUCCCAGGGCUGUCUGAGUCAACAGCCUGCAUCUUUGGUUGUGCUUUGGAAAAAAUGUCACUGAGGUUGGAGUUCCAGGUAGCUAUUCCCUUUUCCUGCAAAUUCCCUGUCGCAGUUUGGGGAAGGUGGCUGGAAAACGGGCUUUUCUGGUUGUCUGGCUCAGAUCUAGCCAGAAAAGGCCACAAACUCUUUUCUAACACAAACUAAUCAUUGGCCAGUGGUCUUGGUGACAAGUUUUUAAGUCCCAAAUAGUUUUAUUUGAAUUAUGUAAAAGUACCAAGUUUAUUUUAAAUGUAAAACAUGGGAACAACGGACUUCCACUGAGCGAUAUGAAAACGUUACAGGUUCAGUACUUCCAAAGGAAGAAACCUCCAACCCCCCAAAAGAAUAAAUACAAAUUUGUAUUUUUGAAGAAUGUGAAAUAAUAGUGUUUGCUUAAUUGCUCAUUUUGUAUAAACUUAAUAUUGUACUUUAAAAUAUCUGCUAUGAAGUGAAAAUUUAACUUUUUGGAAUUGAAAAAGCAAUAUUAAAUACUAAUGAAAUCUUAA